UCUAUUAUUUUCUUUCUCAACUUAAACUAACACACUUCUCAAACUAACAGUUUGAUUUAAGGGGGCUUUGCCCCCUCGUAGAGCCGGCUCUGGGCAACAGUGAGAAUUAGUUCCAUUACGUUACAUUAGCAGCAGUAAUUGGUAGCAGGAGAACGCAGGGGAAAACUUGAAAGCGGAGAGUUUGUGCUGCUGGACGACAGGGAGCCAGUAGUGUGCAACAGCGAGGCCCGGAUCGGAGACGUAUUGGGGCUACGGGCGCCGGGACGGUGGUCCCCGGCCGCUAAUCAUGCCCAGGUUAGCCGACGCCGAUCCGAGCUCCCGCGGUGAUGGUGUGAGCCGGGCGGCCGCGGAGCGAGAGCAGAUCAACAGCACAGAGCACCACGGUCGAGAGUGGGUGGUCAGACUUCUGCUCCUCUGCCUUAUACAGCAUCUCCCUGCUGCCUUCGGCACUGACUUAUCUGUUUCUCCUGGAGCUACUGUCACACUGCCCUGUGAUGGACCUGCAGUUAAUGACACCAAUCAAGUGGAGGUGCUGUGGAUUUAUGGAAGCCGGGCUGUCUGUUCAUUUAACAAUAGGACUUUGUGUCAGCACCCUGACUUCGUGCAUCGGACUCAGCUUCAAUCCAUCCAACAGAACAACUUCGGUUUGGUCAUUAAUGAUGUCCGGAUCCAGGAUGCGGGGGGGUAUAAGUGUCUGAUCAAUGGUAAAGUGAUGCAGAGGAUUCGCCUUUCUGUUAGAGGAGGCCGGAAGCGAAGGGAUGCAGAGACCUCAUCUAAAGAGAAUCUUGUUUGCAAACCGUAUGAAGACAAAGACAAAGAAGUUCCUGAUGAAAACCCUCCAGGGGCCCAUUCAAACGUAUGGCUGACAGUGAGCCUGCCUGUGAUCAUGGGGAUCGUGGUGACUGUGGUGAUUGUGGGCCUGCUUGUGUGGCUCAUCAAAAGGAGGAACCAGCCAGGGACUCAAAUGCGGACUGCUCACUACAGCUACAGAUGGGUGGUCAGACUUCUGCUCCUCUGCCUUGUACCCCAUCGCCCUGCUGCCUUCGGCACUGACUUAUAUGUUUCUCCUGGAGCGACUGCCACACUGCCCUGUGAUGGACCUGCAGUUAAUGACACCAAUCAAGUGGAGAACAACUUCGGUUUGGUCAUUAAUGAUGUCCGGAUCCAGGAUGCGGGGGGAUAUAAGUGCCUGAUCAAUGGUGCAGUUAUGCAGAGGAUUCGCCUUUCUGUUAGAGGAGGCCGGAAGCGAAGGGCUGCAGAGACCCCACCUGAAGAGAAUCUUGUUUGCAAACCGUAUGAAGACAAAGACAAAGAAGUUCCUGAUGAAAACCCUCCAGGGGCCCAUUUAAACGUAUGGCUGACAGUGAGCCUGUCUGUGAUCAUGGGGAUCAUGGGGAUUGUGGUGAUUGUGGUGACUGUGUGGCUCAUCAAAAGGAGGAACCAGCCAGGGACUCAAAUGCGGACUGACCGUACGGCGACUACUGAAGGAGAUGACACUCCCCAACAGUCAUCCUCAGCAGGAGAUGACACUCCCCAACAGUCAUCCUCAGCAGGAGAUGACACCCCCCAACAGUCAUCCUCAGCAGGAGAUGACACUCCCCAACAGUCAUCCUCAGCAGGAGAUGACACUCCCCAACAGUCAUCCUCAACAGGAGAUAACACUCCCCAACAGUCAUCCUCAGCAGGAGAUGACACUCCCCAACAGUCAUCCUCAGCAGGAGAUGACACCCCCCAACAGUCAUCCUCAACAGGAGAUGAUACUCCCCAACAGUCAUCCUCAGCAGGAGAUGACUCACGGAUGUCAUCCUCACGGAGUCCAGUGCUGCACUAA